GGCUGGACUUGAUGAACUGGCUGCUGCGUCUCAAGUGAACCGAGUUCCACUCACUGCGUACAAUCGUUGACGCUGUCAUUCGCUACGACUCCUUGAGCAUCUGACUGCUUUGGGCUCUAGCGCGUUUUUUGCACCGAGGCAAUUGCUCGAUCAAGGGCCGAAGUGGAGUGCAUCACGACGAGACACUACUUAACCUUCUCACCAUCCUCUAUUAGUUGCGCACUUCCGCAGUCAUCCCCUCUACCACAUUCCUCACCUCCCAGUCUCCAUUCCAUCCGUCAAUCCGUCGCAAUGUCACAGAAGGUCAUCGUUGUCGGCGCUGGAUUAUCUGGCUUGAGUGCUGCUCACACUAUUUACCUAUCCGGCGGUAAUGUGCUGCUUCUGGACAAGAACAACUUCAUGGGAGGCAACUCUACCAAGGCCACCUCCGGAAUCAACGGUGCCCUCACACGGACACAAGUAGACCACAAGAUUGCCGAUAGCGUUAAACAAUUUUACGACGACACCCUUAAGUCUGCACGAGACAAGGCACGACCGGACCUCAUCAAAGUCCUCACCUAUAAAUCCGCCGCAGCCGUAGAGUGGUUACAGGAUGUAUUCAAUCUGGAUUUAACUUUGGUUUCGCGAUUAGGUGGUCACUCCCAUCCCCGAACUCACCGUGGACACGAUGCGAAGUUCCCCGGUAUGGCCAUCACAUACGCCCUGAUGCAGAGAUUUGAGGAACUGGCUGAGGCCGAGCCCGAGCGUGUCCAGCUCAUCAAGAAGGCUAAAGUUACUAAGAUUAAUAAGGAAGGCAAUGUUGCUACCGGUGUCACAUACCUUUUCAACGGCGAGGAGACAACGGUGGACGGCCCAGUGGUACUCGCCACUGGAGGCUACGCUGCAGACUUCACGGAGUCCUCUCUGUUGAAGAAGCAUAGGCCAGAUACAUAUGGUCUGUCAACCACCAACGGUGCACACGCUACUGGAGACGGACACAAGAUGUUGAUGUCAAUUGGUGCCAACGGUAUUGAUAUGGACAAGGUUCAGGUCCACCCUACCGGCUUGGUCGAUCCCAAGGACCCUACGGCGAAGACUAAGUUUUUGGCUGCCGAAGCGCUCCGUGGCGAGGGAGGCAUUCUUCUAAAUAGCAAGGGUCAGCGUUUCUGCGAUGACCUCGGCCACCGUGACUACGUCUCAGGGAAAAUGUGGGAGGAGAAGGAGAAGGGCUUGUGGCCCAUCCGACUUGUCCUCAACUCUAAGGCUUCAAGCAUCCUCGACUUCCACACUAGGCAUUACUCUGGUCGCGGCCUCAUGAAGAAGAUGACCGGGAAGGAGUUGGCUAAGGAGAUUGGCUGCGGGGAGAAAGCCCUCCAGGAGUCCUUCCAAGAUUACAAUUCCAUUGCAAAGGGCGAGAAGAAGGACACCUGGGCCAAGAAAUACUUCCACAACCUGCCCUUUGACAUCAAUGACACCUUCCAUGUCGCACUCAUGGAGCCCGUUCUCCAUUUCACCAUGGGCGGUAUUGAGAUCAACGACCAGGCACAGUGUUUGAACUCUGAGGGCAAGCCGUUUGAUGGCUUAUUCGUUUGCGGUGAGUUGGCUGGUGGUGUCCACGGCGCCAAUCGUCUUGGUGGCUCAUCAUUGCUUGGCUGCGUCGUCUACGGUCGUGUCGCAGGCGAGUCAGCAUCAAGAUAUCUCUUCCAGAAGGCCCUCCAGGGAGCUGGAGGCUCAGCAGUCUCUCGUCUUGGUCAGAUCUCGCUCCACAUAGACCCGUCACAGCCUGGGAAGGUGUCAGUAGAGUGGGGGAGCGGCGCCGGAGCGUCAACAUCAGGAACCUCCAAGUCUGCACAACAAUCACAACAGUCUGCGGGACCAGUAAUGAAGAGUGGUGCAGAUUCGUCAGAUCCAGGAAAAGUCUCCAAGCCCAACUCGACUAAGAACUUCAGCAUUCCUGACAAGGAAUUCACACUCGAGGAGGUUGCCAAGCACAACAAGAAGGAUGAUCUCUGGAUCGCCGUCAAGGGAAUUGUAAUGGACCUCACUAGCUGGACAGACGAGCAUCCAGGUGGCCCUCAAGCGCUGUUUAGCCAUAUGGGCAAGGAUGCUACAGAGGAGUUUGAGAUGUUGCACGAUGACGAGGUAAUCCCCAAGUAUGCGCCGGAGAUUGUGAUUGGGAAGGUUAAGGGCCAGAAAGUUACUUUGGAAUACUAGAUUUAAAAUAGGGUUCGGCAUUUUUGGUUCCAAUGUAUUUGUAGUAUGUUCCAAAAUGGUCUAUUCAUUGGAUUUAUC